CUCAACUUCGCGCAUGAACAACAUCUCCACUUCCUUUACUUAUUGAACACCAACGUGAAAACACUCAGAAAACCGUUCUGGUGUUUCACUGUUCCUCUCAAAAAUGCCUUUUGUCAAAGUUCAGAAAAACAAGGCUUAUUUUAAAAGAUACCAAGUCAAAUUCAGGAGAAGGAGAGAGGGCAAAACUGACUACUAUGCAAGAAAACGAUUGAUAUUUCAAGAAAAAUGUAAAUACAACACCCCCAAAUAUCGACUGAUUGUUAGAUUUUCUAAUAAAGAUAUUACUUGUCAGGUUGCCUAUGCUAAAAUCGAGGGUGAUGUUGUUAUCUGCAGUGCAUAUUCUCAUGAACUACCUAGAUAUGGACUGAAAGUUGGUUUGACAAACUAUGCUGCUGCCUAUUGUACAGGCUUACUAUUGACUAGAAGAUUAUUACAGAAGUAUAAAUUGGAUGGUAUUUACAAAGGACAAGAAGCACCUGAUGGUGAAGCCUACCACGUAGAGAAAGUUCCGGACAAGCCUGGAGCAUUCCGAGCUAUUUUAGACAUUGGCUUGUCUAGAAGUUCCACUGGAGCUAAAGUUUUUGGUGUAAUGAAGGGAGCUGCUGAUGGUGGUUUGGAUAUUCCACAUAGUAACAAGAGAUUCAUUGGUUACGACAGAGAAACCAAAAAUUACGACGCUGGUGUCCAUAGAGACCAUAUCUUCGGUAAACAUGUUGGAGAUUACAUGACUCAUCUAGAGGAAGAAGAUGAAGAAUUGUUUAAAAAACAUUUCAGUCGUUAUAUUAAACUGGGAAUCACCCCCGACAACAUGGAAGCCAUGUAUCAGAAGACUCAUUCUGCCAUCAGAGCUGAUCCCAGUCCAUCUAAACCCAAACCAAAAACAGAUGUGCCCAAAAAGAGAUGGAACAAGGCCAAGACCCCCAAAGCUCAACGUAUGGCCAUCAUCAAACAGAAGAAAGCAGGAUUUGUUCGAAAGGUUGCCGAAGAAAAAGCAGCUCAAGAUUAAAUGCUUUACUGUAUUUCUAUUGGUCAAUAAAGAUCCUGAUAAAAAAAUU